AUGACCGAUAUAAAGGAGCUUAAAAAGAAGCGAGGCAGUUAUAAGGGUAGAUUUACUUCAUUUGGAACCUAUUUAGGUCUACUAAAGGAUUCUAAAUUAAGCCAUUGUCAGGUAAUGGAGUUGCAGUUGCGUGUUGAAAAAUUAGAAAAUACAUAUGACGAAUUUAAUAACAUUCAACAGCAAUUGGAAUGCUUGUGUGACAAUAUUGAAGCCGAAUUUAUUGAGAGGUCUACUAUAGAAUCGCAGUAUUAUAGUUUAAUAGCUCAAGCUAAAAUAAUGAUAAAUAACUUUUCAAAAUUAGAACCAGUCGAUUUAAAAUCCAAUCAAUCAAAAUGUAGGCAUCAGUUAGUCAAAUUACCUACAAUAUCAUUACCAAAAUUCUCUGGAUCUUAUGUAAACUGGCUUGAGUUUCGCGAUACCUUUACCAGUCUCAUUCAUGAUAAUGACGACAUGGACGAAAUUAAUAAGUUUCACUAUCUUCGGUCAUCUUUGGAAGGGUCAGCUGCUAUUGUAAUUAAGUCGAUUGAGUUCUCCGCCCACAAUUACACACUGGCGUGGGAACUUCUUUGCGAGCGCUUUGAUAAUAAACGAUUAUUAAUAAAUAAUCACGUUACAGCAUUAUUUGAUAUAGAACCGAUCACUAAAGAAUCUUCCGUAGCAUUAAAACGCACUAUUGACAAUGUAAACAAAAAUAUUCGGGCACUAAGUUCACUAGAGUUAGAACAGUUUAAAGGGUCCUUAGAUAAAAAUAAAUUAAUUUCAUUUGAACAAUUUAUGGGUUUCUUGCGCAGCCGUGCUGAUCUUCUUGAAAGUGUAGAAUCAUCACGUCCCUCUGUUACUAACGUAAAGCCAAAUAUUAAAAUGCGGGCUAUGAUGUCAACAGAGAAAUGCAACUCGUCAUCUUCACACGGUUGUCCAAAUUGCAGCGGCGAUCAUUACUUAAAUUCGUGUCCUCAGUUUUUAGAACUUAGCGUCAGCGAUAGAAUAUCGUUAUUGAAAAACUACAAAAUAUGUUACAAUUGCUUUAGGUCCGGUCACUAUCCUAAUUCUUGCAAAAAAUCAGGAUGUAAGGUUUGUAAGCGCAAACAUCACACGCUCAUUCACAACCCCGAUUAUUGUAAAAAUUCUGUUUCAAGUAAAACAGCUGAUUGCCCGGCCGACAAGGCCAAGGUUGCGUUGUCCUCCGUCUCAGUUGACAGCAGCGAUAGUAAUCACGUCGUACUCUCGGCUAAUAUCGCGACGCACACGCAUACACGCACCUCGGGUGACGUCCUUUUGUCGACUGCGUUAAUUAAAUGUUAUGAUGCGUAUAAUAAGGAAUACAUCGCACGCGCCCUUCUUGAUUCCGGUAGCUCAUCUUGUUUAAUAACCGAGAAUUUAUUCAAAAAGUUAAAUCUACCGUAUUUGAAAAUACACAAAUAUGUUCAAGGUAUUAAUAAUAAAAAUUCACUGAUUAAUAAAAUGUGUCGAGUUCGUAUAGAAUCCUUAUGUGAAACAUAUACUAAUGAUUUAUUAUGUCAUGUUUUGCCUACUAUAACGGACAGCAUUCCCGCUAGGCAUAUAACUAUAGAUAAUAUACCGUCCAAUAUACAGUUGGCGGAUCCAUAUUUCAAUACACCAGCUGAAAUAGAUUAUAUAUGA